ACAGGUUAGAUCAAGCCACACUUCCUCCUUCAGGCAGCAGAACUUCAGGAGUUUCAUCCGUUGAGCUUCAGACACGAUGAUGAUCUCAAUGUUCCCGCUCAGAGCCGUGCUGCUGCUGCUGGCCUUCGCAGCUACAGGAAAUGACGCACAGCUUAAUGUCUGUGGCCAAGCUCCUCUCAACACCAGGUCUGAAACUAAGAUCGUUGGCGGUCAGGACGCUGCUCCAGGAGCGUGGCCGUGGCAAGCCCGUCUGAUCAUCAAAGGUGGACUGUGUGGAGGAUCUCUGAUCAACAACCAGUGGAUUCUGACUGCUGCUCACUGCUUUGACAACAACGUCCCCUCAGACGUCACUGCUUACCUCGGAUUCCAAACCGCGGGAGGUCCUAACGGGGUGACACGCAGAGGAUCCCAGAUCAUCGUACAUCCAGACUAUAACACCAGAACAAACGACAACGACGUGGCGCUGGUGCAGCUGACCUCUGCGGUGACGUUCAAUGACUACGUCCGGCCGGCCUGUCUGGCUGCAGACGGCAGCGUCUUCGGAGACGGACUGGACUGCUGGGUCACCGGCUGGGGAACCACCUCUGAGGGCGGGGACAUUUCUCAGACGCUGCAGGAGGUGGAUAUCCCCAUAGUGUCCAACAGUCGGUGCAGCGAGACUUACGCCACCAUAACAGACAACAUGGUCUGUGCUGGUCUGACCAGCGGAGGGAAGGACUCCUGCCAGGGAGACUCCGGUGGACCGCUGGUCACCAAGAACGGCUCCAUCUGGAUCCAGGCUGGGGUUGUCAGUUUUGGGAUCGGCUGCGCCCAGCCCAACAUUCCAGGAGUUUACGCCCGAGUUUCAAGGUACCAGUCCUGGAUCAACAGCCGGAUCACCGGCGACCCGCCAGGAUUCAUCAACUUCCAGGAUUCCACGUCAGCAGCAGGAACGCCUCGGCUGGCCUCGCUGUCGCUGCCGCUGCUGCUGUGCGUCCUGCCGGCCGUCUUCUCCCUCCUCGUCCUCUCAUGAGGCUCGUCAGAGUCUGCAGGGAGGAGAAAUGUCUCCUGGACAUUAACCUCUGCUCACACAAGCUGAACUUUGAUCUGGAUCCAGAGAUCUCCACUUGUUUCUACAGGUUUUACAACUUUAACCAAAUUAAAAACCACAGCCUCCAAGCAAAACUGUGAAAAAAAGAAAUGUAUAUGGAUAAAUGCCUUAAUAUGAAAAACAGCUCUCCUGCUCUAAAUCUGGGAAAGUCCUGUAUUUAUGGAAACAACAUCAUUAAAAGCUCUUUAAAUUUAGGAUUGGGUGCAUUUUCUUAAUGAAAAGCACCAAAAGUAGCUUUUUGAGGGUUUAUUUUAUUUAAGAAAUUUCUCCUAAUAAAACAAAAAUUAUCCAAAUUAGGUUCCGCAAACUAGAGUGGAUUUUUCUGUAAAUUUAAGUAAAAAAACGUAAUUCCUGCUCUUCUGUCUAUUCAUGUGACAAACAGUUGUCAUUAUUUAGCAGUUUAUUAGCGUUAAUCCGUGAAAUUAUACAGACUGAAGGUAGAAAAUUAUUUUAUCUGUUUCUGUGUAGAAAUCUAAUGAAUUUGCACUGAGGGGAAAUUUCACAAGUUUUUAAUCAUGUCGCUGUUUACUGAGGUUUGGGGCUUCUGGACUUUAUUGGGUUUUAUUUUCUUGGGCCUUUCUGAUGUUUUUGUUUCUAACAGCUUUGGCUGUUAGAAAUUAUCUCACUGGGAAAGGCCUCCUGUUCUCUUAGGUACCGGUUAUAUGAAGGAAAUAAAUUAUAUAAAUGUUUUCUGGAAUACAAAGAGUGUCAGGAAUUAGGAACAAAUCAAGAUAUAUCAAAUAUGAUAAAUUAGACAUUUUAAUGCCAUUUCCUCCUUUUGAGCAGCUUCACAUCCUGGGAUUUAAAUUAAAACAACUGUUGUUCUUUCUUAAUUAUUUAAUAUGGGUCUCUCUUCCUAACUUGUGAUUUAUUGAGACCGCCUGGUUUAUUAAUAAACAAUUACAACCAUCA